UGAAACCCCCCCCCCUCUCUCUCUCUCUCUCUCUCCUCUCUCCUUCUCUCACUAGAAUUUGAUGGUUAAAUUGUCGUUUUAUCGAGGUUGCAACUCCCAAAUUUGCACUACUACCAGAUUCCAGAUCGAAAUCCAAGGUGGGUGGGAAUAAGAAGAAGAAAAGGCAGCAUUUUAGUGCGUGUAGAGUUCCAAGUGUCUGCAUUUCUAAAAGGAGUAUACCUACUACUAGUCCUAAAAGGAAAAGUAUUCAACUUUUCAUCCUUUGGCAGAAUCCAACCGCCUGCAACUCCCUCUGGUUUUGUUUAAAGGACGUAUUGGUUGUAGCCUGAAAGAGAUUCAGGAUGUUCAAGCUAUCUCCUCGCAGGAGCUCGAGAUCUAGGGGGCUUAAGGUCAAGCAUGCACUGCAGCUGUUUCUUUUGCUGGGUGUGUGCGUCUGGCUGGCUUACCAAGUCAAGCAGUCUCAUGGCAAAAAAGCCGAGUUCAGGGAUAAAAUAAAGGAUGGUGGGGAUGAGAUCCUCAAGUUAGGAAGAAAGGAUCUCAAGCCUGUCGUGGAGGAAAUUGUCGAUAGGAAUGCAGGGCAGAAGGAGGAGGAGGAAGAAGAACAAAACAAGCCUGAAGAGAUCGAUAAUGUUGGAAGAGGCACUGGAGAUGAUGAGGUGAAUGAAAAUGGUGAGAACAAAAUUGAUGAGAGGACAAAAGAUCAAGGUGAUUCGGUAGAAGGUGAGAAAGAAAGUGAAACGAACAAGGUGGUUACUAGUGAAGAGAGCAAUGUGAAUGAAAAUGAAGAGAGUAAAGAGAACGAAAAUGGAAACAGGAAGGAUGAAGACGACAAAGCCAAGCAGAGUGAGGAAAGCAAUGAGAGGGAGACCGAAGGGGCCAAAGAGAAAGAAGGUGAAGAAAAGGAGAUUGUAGAGACUGUAGAGAAAGAGAACAGAGAGACCAAGGAGACAGAAAGUGAACAGAAGGAGAAUGUCGAGACUACAGAGAAAGAAAGUGAACAGAAGGAGAACGGAGAGUCCAAAGAGACAGAAGGUGAACCAAAGGAGAAUGUAGAGAACAAAGAGCAAGAAAGUGAGCAGAAGGAGAACGGAGAUACCAAGGAGAUGGAAAGUGAACAGAAGGAGAAUGUAGAGACUACAGAGAAAGAAAGUGAACAGAAGGAGAAUGGAGAGUCCAAAGAGACAGAAAGUGAACCGAAGGAGAAUGUAGAGAACAAAGAGCAAGAAAGUGAGCAGAAGGAGAACCACGAGACCAAAGAGAAAGAAAGCGAGCAGAAGGAGAACUACGAAACCAAAGAGAAAGAAACUGAACAGAAGGAGAAUGAAGAGAUCAAAGAGGACAAAACUGAAGAGAAAGGAACAUCAGAGGAGACUCAAAGGGUGGAUAAUAAAGAGGGAGAGGAACGCAAUGAUACAGGAUGAUA